AAACUAAAGUUCCAAACAAACGCAGCCAGCCAGCCACCAGCGGAGACUCUUAAAUCCCCGGGACGAGGCCCCCCUCCUCUUCUCGUUCGUUCCCUUCUCCAUACACACACACGCCCCCGUCCGUCUUCACGAGAACCGAGCCUGCUUCGCGCGAGUGACGCGGCAAUGAUAACAUUCCUCUGAACUCACUCACACGCAUCCCAAUACCACAGCAGACUCGAGCGUGGGUGGGACUUCCUUCUAUAUCUGUACUACUACCCGGCCUCUUGCGUCUGCUGCUUCUCGCAGUCUUCCUUCCUUCCUUCCUUCCUUGCUCAGCUCAGCCUCUUCUCUGCUCUCCGAUUCUCCGAACGUUCUCCUGCUCUGCCCUUGGUCGGUUUGGCGGUGAAUCCGUGAAUGUGAAGUGUUGGUCUUGGGGCGUCCGGCGUUUUGGAGCUACCCCGAGUUUACGGACCGAUGCCGGCGGCGAGGAGAGCGGUGCUCGGCGCCGCCUUCUCCGACGACAUGCCGGGGCUGGACCGCCAGAUGGGCUGCAUGGCCGGCAUCUUCCAGAUCUUCGACCGCCGCCGCAUGCUCACCGCCCGCCGCGACGCCGCCACCGCCGGCUCCGGCUCCGGCUCCGGCGGCCGGAGACAACCACAGCAGCACAAGAGGCAGCUGCCCCCAGGCCGUACUCCACCAAAAGGCGGCAGCAAUGUUCCCGUGCAGAGCUCAAGUGCCUCAAAGAUCAUUCUGGAUAAAACAUUCAGCAAAAGCAUGACAGAGAACAGUAGCCUUUCAAUCGAGUCAUCAAGAGCUUCUUGUUCUUCCUCUUCGUGCUCAUCCUUCUCCUCAAUCGAUGGCAGCAAAUCAGUUCAACAGGAGCUCCCAUACAUCAAUGAGGAGCUCUUUGUGCAGCUUCCACCGAAGAUCUCACCAGAUCUGAAGGGUGCUGACAUGGACACAAAGUCAGGACAACCGAACGGUUUCAGAGAUGUCGUGAAGGACUCCAUCAACCGCGACUCCGGAGGGCUAAUUGUCAAGACUUCCGCGAAGGAUUCUAGGAGAAAUUUGCAGUACAAAGACUCACCGAGGCCAUUGCUGCUGUCCAAAUCAAUGGACGGAACCUACGUCAUCAGCAUCGACAGGAGCACCAAGGUCCCUGUGAACGUCACCGAGUCCAGCAGGCGUCUCCAGGAGCAGUCGCGCUUCUCAUGCGACGAUCGGCGGCUCCUACGGCCAGCUGAAACCCAAGAAGCCAAGAAGCAUUCUUCCACAAGGACCAAAGAGAUUCCUAGACUGUCCUUGGACAGCAGGAAAGAAUCUCUGAGCCCGAGUUCACGGCUAAAGAACUACAAUAAUUACAGGAGAACCGAUGACUCUCUCCUGGAUACUCUGAAGCCUCAAGACUCCCCGAGCCACAGGCGGGCCAACAGUGUCAUCGCCAAGCUCAUGGGGCUGGAAGAAGCACCAGAUGCUACAGGCAUUCUGGUCACUGAUAGCUAUGAGCCUGCAAGAUCACCAAGACCGGUAGCGCAAGCAAGUCGGAACGAGCAUCCAUCACGCUCGCCGAGGAGUGCCUGCCCGGAACUGUGUGUGCCGCUGCCGAGGAACGAGCCUUCAGUACUGAAAGCAAAGCCUUCUCCAAGAAUUCUAACCGAAGCCGCUCCCUGGAGGCAGCAGGAGAGAGGUGUCAGCGUCACCAACAGCAAGCCUUUGCAAUGCGGGGACAACGUGGUGAGGCCAAGAACCGCGUCUCUCUAUGCCGAUAUAGAGAGAAGGCUCGGGGGGCUCGAGUUCUCGGAGUGCAACAAGGACUUCAGAGCUCUCAGAAUUCUGGGUGCAUUGCAUGCAAAAGAUGCGAAGUAUCAGAACAACGAUGGUGAUGGCGGAUCAGUGGCUGUUCAGAGACAAGAAGAGGAUCUAGUCACCACCAGUUCCAGAAGCUUCCAGUCUCCCAUAGUGGUCAUCAAGCCAGCAAGAACCAGUGAGAAGCCUGGGCUCUCAGCUACUCCCCCUGCAGGGCUAAGAGGCCUCAGGAAACUGCAGCCCAGAGAUUCAUCCUUCACCGACAAGACUGAAGCCAUCACAAAUGAUAAGAUCCAGUCUCGCAUUGCAAGGACUCAAUCCAAGUCUGACGAAUCUGCAAGUAGCGCAAGCUCACCAAGGCCCACAGGCUCAUCAAGUCCCAGGCUGGUACAGAGGAAGGCAGAGUCAGAAAGGCGGUCUCGUCCCCCAGUCUCACCAAAGUCUCCAAGCAAGAAGUCAAAUGAAUCAACCUCCCCAAGAGGAAGACCAAGACCAAAGGCCUCUCAAGUGAAAAGCAACCGUGACAAUGAGGUCUCUCAGAGUCCAGGAAGGAGGAUCAGCUUGGCGAAGCAGGUUGACGUUAGUAUAAUGGAUUGUCAAAAGCCUCCAGUUAUCAGCUCAUCGAUCAUUCCACCAAACUAUAAUGCUGCAACACCAUGUCAAAAGAACCCUUCUGUAUUUGUGGGUUCAGACCAAAAGAUUCAUUCAUUGGAGAAUGCCCCGAGCCCCGUCUCCGUACUCGACGCAUCCUUCUACCAUAAAAGUAUCUCGGAUUCAUUCAAAGAUGGCGAGACACAUACUUCAGACGAGUGCUGGAAUCCAAAUAGCCUGCCGGACACGCCGCAGUCGAAAACAAGCAGUGAAGUCAGCCAGAUCAAACCGGAAAAUUUGGAAGCACUCAUUCAGAAACUUGAGCAAUUGCAAUCGAUGAACGAUGAAGCAGCAAACACGAAAGAUCACCAGUAUAUCUACGAGAUACUCUUAGCAUCUGGUCUUCUGCAUAAGGAACUUAGCUUUGCAGCAAUGCCAGGUCAACUUUCUCCAUCCAGUUGCCCGAUCAAUCCGGAGCUGUUCCUCAUUCUUGAGCAAACAAAGCCGCACUUCGUUUCAGCAAGUCAAGCUGUUAAUGGAGCUAUGAAGAGUUCUGAUCCCAACACAGAAAAACUUCAUAGAAGACUUGUAUUCGAUCUGGUAAAUGAGAUUAUAGCUCAGAAAAUGACCAUCUAUAGCUCUGCAAGUGGAAUGGCAAAACUUAUUCGAUCGAGGAAGUUAAGUGGGUGGCGCCUUUUCAAGGAAUUAUGCCCAGAGGUUGACAGACUUAUAUCCGAGAGCUCGUCGGCAAAAUGUUCCGAAGAGGAUGAGGAAGAAAACAUGCUGUUGGCUGAGGAUGCUUUGUAUGACAUGAAAGAUUGGGGAAGCUCUGAAGGUGAGCUACAAGGCAUGGUUUUGGAAAUCGAAAGAUCCAUCUUCAGGGACCUUAUUGAUGAGGUCAUAGGCGGUGAGGCUACAGAGAAGAUGAGAACUGGGCAAUGGCGGUUGCGUAGGCAGCUGUCUUUCAGUAGUAUAAACUGAACAUGAUUGGCAAUAGUUGUUUCCCUUAGGAAACUUAGCCGCUAGUAAAUGUAACCCUCUGUAUUUUGCUGAAGACUGAAUUAUAUAGAAGAAAUAUAAUUAUUCCCUGAACACUA